UUGAACCGAUGGGCUCAGCUGUCUGGGUCCUGCUGGCCCUGCUGGCACCUGGCCCGCUGCGGGGUUCCCCCCCGCGGCUGGAGGUGCGGGAGGCCGGGGGUCAGAUCCUGCUGCCCUGUGGGGCCCGGGGCCCCCGGCUGCGCUGGGUCUGGUCCCCCCGAUACCCCAAAUGCGCCGGUGACCCCGGAGACCAGCUCGAAAUCGCCCGGCUGCCCCCCGGGCCGGAGCCCCCCCCGGCCCAGUUUAGGGGGCGCCUGGACCCCCACCCCUCCAGCCUGGGGGCCCUGCUGCUCUGGGCCCUGGUCAUGAGUGACUCGGGGACCUUCACGUGCCACGGGGAGUCUGGGGCCGAGCCCCCCAUCCGGCUGGAGGUGACCGGAGGCUGCCGGAACAACCUCACCGUCUCCUCCAACCAGACGUCCCCCUCAGCCCUGACCCUCCACUGCCAACGCUGCCCCCUGCUGCCUGGCUCGGUCUCCUUCCGCUGGUUCCUCAACUCCCAGUCCCUGGGCAACCGGGGCUGGGCUACCAAGAGCCAGCUGGGGGCUACCGUGAGGCUGGACCCGUCCCGGCGCGGGGCCUGGGGGCGCUGGGAAUGUCACCCCCUCGGCGCCUCCUCUGGGGGCUUUGAGUUCUGCCUGGAGCCCCCCCUCGGGGCAGGAGGCGCAGGCCCCAGCUCUGAGUGGGGGAUCUGGGUUGUGGCGGCGGUUCUGGGUCUGAUCGGCGCAGGGCUGGGCGCUUGGCAUCUGUGGAGGUGGAGACGGAUACGGGGCAGGAACCGACGGAAUCAAAACAGAAAAGAGAACAAAAUAGGAGCCCCCGGGCACCGUUUAUGCCCCUUGGAAGAGCCACGACUUGGAGCCAAAUCGACCGAAAGACGCCUCGUGCCCCAGAGUCGGGAAAGAAAAGUCCCAGGCACCCUGCUUUAUGCUGAAGUCCAGCACCCCCUGGUGGCUCGAGCCCCAGCUCCUCCCCCACACGGUGCCACGGUCUAUGCCACUAUUGUCUGACCCCCACCCGCCCUGGCUCUGCUCCCCUCUCCUCUCCACCCCCUUCAUGAGUUGCAUUCACACCCCUGGCUCCCAGGUGAUGGGAAAUUCAGCUGGAAGAUGCUGGAAAUCUCUGUUAAAAUCCUGUGGUGGGGAGUUCUGCAGGUUAACAGAUUGUGGCAUUAAAAUCUGCCUUUGAACCCCUCGUGUCUGUGGUGUGUCACCUUUGUCCUCAAGACCCCACCCUUUGGGCCUGGCCCCGGGGGUGGGGUUCAGGCAGACUCGGCUCCCCUUCAGUUCCUGCCCCAAACGUCUGUGCAGAGCUGCCCCGCCCCAGAGUGAGCUGCACUGGCCAAGGGAUCCCUGUAUAACCAGCCCCCCACGCCCCACCCCAGAGGCGGCUACAUCUCCGCUCCAGCUGUGGGACAUCUGACCAGGAGGAGAGUUCAGGCCGAGCGCACCCACCUCUGUGGGCAGGAUUUGAACCCGCGACCCCCAGCUUUGCACCCUGCCUGUUAACAAUUAUCCUGUAGCACCAGGACAAACCACUAGGUGGGGAAAACUGAGCAAGUGGGUAAAGCCAGGAGCUAAUCGGGUGUUGGGAGCCAGG